AUGAAAAAUAAAAGAUCAUUAAUAUAAGAAUAAUAGCCAGAUCAUGAUAUGAUAAGGAGAUAGAAUGAAAUAAUAUUGUAACCUGCAAUUUAAGUGUAUAAGAUGUAUACAUAAUUGCAUACUGCUUCUUAAGCUGAAUAAGUUGCUGAUUCUUUGACAACAAUAGAAUUUAUUUAGAAACAAAGUGAUAAGAAUAUGAAGGUCAGAGAUUUUGCAAUGUAUGCUGCUUAGUUUUUUAAAUAUGAACACUACAAUUUUGGUCAAGCAAUAAUGAAUUAAGGUGACUAUGGAGAUAGAUUCUAUAUACUUUUAGGUGGUGAAGUUGGAGUUUAUAUAAAAAGAUCAAGUGAGGAUAUUGAUAAAGAAUUGGAUUUUUUAACUCAAUAAAGUAGUGAAACAAAUAUUGGUGGUAGUUUAUUAAAGAAGAAAAAAACAGUUCAAUAUCCUUAAUUGAAUAGAUACGAUUUGGCUUUAAAAAUGUUAAUAGAUAAUUGUAUGUAUUUUAAUAAUGGGGUUCCAUUGUUUAAGAAAGUGUGGUAAUAUUAUUCUGGAUAAUGUUUUGGAGAUUAGGCAUUAAUUCAUGAUUAACCAAGAUCUGCCAGUAUUAUUGUUGUAUCUGAUGAAGCACAUUUGAUAUCUAUGAAUAAAUAAGAUUAUAAAUUGGUAUGUGAUAAAUAGAUUCAAGAAUAAAAUGUUAAGAUAGAAUAUUUUAUGAAAUUAUUUAAUGGUGCAUCUAAAUUUACUGUUUCAAAAUUCAUUCAAAAUCUAAGAAGUAUACAUUUUCCAUCUUAAACUAUAUUAUGGAAAGAGGGAGAUGAACCUAAGUUUUAUUUUCUUAUAUAAAAAGGAAGAGUAGAACUUUAUAGAGUUAUAACAGAUGAUUCUAAUACAGAAUAGUCUACAAAAAAGAAAAAAAAAAUAGUAUUAAGUUAAUUAUCAGAUAAUUCAUUUGUUGGUUAAGAAGAGAUAAUUGAAUCACUUCCUUAAAGAUUGUAUUCAUGUUAAGUUCUAGAUAAUACUCUUGCCUAUUAUAUAGAAGCAGCUGAAUUCAACAAUCUUAAAAAAAACUUUCCAGAUAUUGUUAAAUUAUUAAAAGACAAAAGUAAUUUACUUUAAGAAUAUAUGGUGAAUAGACAAAGUAAAAUAAUUUCAAUAUUAAAAUAACAUGAUAAAGCCUAAAACACAUAACCUUAAAUGUAAAUCACAGAAAGAAAAACUAUUCAAGAAAUAUUCAAAAAUACAGAAGAAAUACCUGAUAAAAAUGAUAUCAGAUCAUAAAAACCAAGAGUCUUAUUAUAAUCUGAAAUUGCAAAUUAAAAUAUGAUCUAUCAUUUAAAAAAAGUAUCACAUGAUGCAAAAUCUUAAUUCCUUAUGCUAGAUAAAGAAAUGAUAGAAUCAAUUAGAGAUAGAGUUUCUAGAAAAAUAUAAACUAAUGCUGAUAAGAAAACAAGAAUUAAAACUACGUCACUUGAUGAUAAUCAAAUUUUAAUUAACAGAGUUUAAAGUGCAGUAAGUACUAGAUCUAAACGAUUAAAAAGAUUUGAUAAUCUUUAAACUGUUCUUCAAAUUACUUCUUCAAAAAAUAAUCUUAUUUCACCCAAUUUUGCAACCUCUUCCACUACAACAAUACCUUUUAUUCAAAGAGUAUGGAAUCCUUAGACUAAAUAAUUAAAAGCAAGAAUGCGUAAAACUAUGAGUUGUUAGUUUAGUCGUAACACUCUUCCAACUAGAUAAACUGAAUCUGAUGAAAUAUUUUCAUAAUUCACUUAACCUAUUAGAAUUCAUACUGAUAAAUCUCAUAGUCGAAAAAUGUAAUUAUUUAUUUAUUAUAUAGAACUUCCUCUAUCGGCUCACGUUAGAAAAGUGCUUAAUAUUACAGUUUUAUUUGAUUAUUAUAUUUUAAUUA